GCUACAUCUGCGAAAGGAAGGACCUGCUGGUGAACGGGUGUUGCAACGUGGAGGCACCCAGCGUCAAGUUGUACAGCUGCGACAGCUGCCUGCCUAGUGGAUGUUGCAGUGUCUACGAGGCCUGUGUGUCCUGUUGCUUACAGCCCAACAAGCAACAGCUCCUUGAGCAUUUUCUAAACCGAGCGGCGGUGGCCUUCCGGAAUCUCUUCAUGGCUGUGGAAGAUCACUUUGAGCUCUGCCUGGCCAAGUGCAGGACCUCCUCCCAGAGCGUGCAACAUGAAAACACCUACCGCAACCCCAUUGCAAAAUACUGCUACGGGGAGUUUCCCCCAGAUCUUCUGUCCGUGUGAAAGUGCUCGAGAAACUGACAACUCUUACAGUGAGAGUUGCCACACGGCAGAGAGAGAGAGAGAACGUGGCAACUGGCUGGUUGGAUUCCUUCGGCAGCCUCCAAACCUCACCUUCUGAAUUGUUUAGCCUGCUGCCCUGUCCCCACAGCUGCGAUGUGGAGCAAAAUGGGUGGAAAUCUACAAAUAGCUGGAUUCAAAGAUGUGCAUCGGGCUCAGGUGAAAUUUGGACAUAAGACUUUUCAGUUUCUAAUCCAUCUCAGUCACGUGGGACCACGGGUAGAUGGAAGAAGCCAUCAGAAGAGCCAAGAUUGCAAGCGGGCGUUGGAAAUUUGGAAAUUUUUUUAUUUAAGCAAUGAGAAGAUACUUGGGUUGGUGUGGUGGCCUAGAGGUGGCGCUCUCACCUCACAUUCAGCAGGUUGUGAGUUCGAUCCUAGGUAAGAGGCAG